UUGUCUGUUUGUAGGACUUUUAUGUUCUAUAGUGUAACUUGUUGAAAGCAUAUAAACGGGGGUAUAGAUGCACCUGAGAUGUUGAUGCCGUUCGGAGAAGAAGCAAAACAAGAGUUGGCUAAGCUUGUUCGUGGGAAAUGUUUGAGAGUGCUUGUCUACGGGAAAGAUCAACACGGUCGUUGUGUUGCAGACAUAUCCUGCAAUGGCAUUUUCGCGCAGGAAGUAAUGCUAAAGAAAGGACUCGCAUGGCAUUAUGUAGCCUACGACCAACGGGUUGAAUUCGCAACCUGGCAAAAAGAGGCUCAGGCAAAGAGAACCGGCCUUUGGGUACACUCAAACCCGGAGAAGCCAUGGGAAUGGAGGAAGAAGAACAAACGCAUGGAGUCCAAGGAGGAGUGUUGAAAUUGGCCAACCAUGCUGCUGUUUGAAGUGCAUGCAGCUUGAUGACAUGCUGCAGCACGUAUGCUUGCUGUGACAGCAAGGUUUUCUCUUUAGUUUCUUUGUUAAGCUACUUAGUUGAAAAUGAACAAGUUGGUAUUGUUUUGAUGUUUUUAGGUGCUGAUUGACAUAAUCAGCUUGUGUGCAAGUUAAGUUUUACUUGUUUCUAAGUAUAAUUAGUGGUAGUAGGUACUAUUUGGUGAUGUAUUUGACUAUAUAUAUGUUGUUUUUCUAGUUGAAUGAAUGAGUUGAAUGAGCUAUCAGCCAUAAGCUCCCUUGCUGCACGUUUGUGAGCAAGUAAAAA